CAGGUGCCAGGUUGUGCCACCAAUUGCUCGGAGACACCCUGAUUUCCCAGACGAUGAGAAGCACACUUACUAUUCCUGACGAGCACUUGUUUAGCUCGCUAGUCUCGCUUUUGGUCGAAGAGUAAUGAAAAAACGAAAGUGCCGGGGAAUGAAGGGCAGACGUGAGAGACGAUCAAUCUGGUUUGGGGGGUUCAGCACCAUUCCAUGGUACUACUACUGCCUACCGACCCAAGACACCCCCUUCCACCACCAGGCACUGGCACAGGAGCAAGUCUUGAACCAGCCAAUUCAGCCCUGGGCCUGGGACCCAGGACCUGCCAGUGGGUGACGUUCCGGCUGGGGCGGGCGACGGAUUGGAGGAUCCAGGAACCCAACUGCAAGGGUGACAAAAUUGGAAGCUGCUUGAACUGGAACUGGGACUGGAGCCAUUGGAAGCCGGACUGCGAUGCCCGGCGCCGCAGGGCAGCCAACCUGGCACCGGCAGCCACUGGCGCUGCUAGCAAUGGAACACUAGUAAUAUCAUAUCACCGGCAACAAGUGAGAUAGAUGCCUGCUCCGCAAGCACUAUUCCCAGUACUAGUAAUAGCAGACUCUUGGG